AUGAUAUUAGGUUGUGAUAGAAGCGGUUCCUAUAAGAACAGAUUAAAUUUGACAGAUAAUUCACAUUGUAGACAGACAGCCUCAAAACUUUUGGGUUGUCCAUUUGAACUUUUAGAGUUAGACAUGAAAAUAUUUG